AUGGCGGCGGAGCAGCCCUAUCUCGUUAUCGGGCUCUGCUCGCUGUGCGUGGCCAACCCGGAGACCGGCCAGUACACCAGCAGCGGCACCUCUCAAUCCGAGAAGGAGCUCUGGUCGGCAAUCGACGGCAGCCUGGCGUCGGUUGGUGCCACCUAUGCAGACGUCGCGGCGAUCUGCGCCGCUGUUGCGGUGCGCGAAGCCAAUGCCGACUUGGAUGGCCUCCUGGCGGCGCUUUCGAACCGGCUGCCGGCACAGGCGCUGAAGCUCGUGCACACCGACGCGGCGGCCGCGCUGGCGAGCUGCACCCACGGCGUGCUGCAUGGCGCGUGCGUCGUCGCAGACGACCACACAAAGGCGGUCGCCUUUGGCGGCCAGCGGCAGCACCGCACCUCCGGCUGGGGCCCCCUUUUCAUGGACGGCGGCUGCGCGUACGACAUCGGCUCCCGCGCGCUGCUGGCCGCCCACAAGGCGCACGACAGCCGCGGCGCGGCCACGACACUCACGCGCACGUUCCUGCGCCGCCUGCGGCUGCCGCGCGUGGAGGAUCUGGUGCGGUGGGCGUACCACCCUGCAGAGGGGCAGCACGAGCGCAUCUGCGGGCUGGCGCGCGUCGUGGCCGACUGCGCCGCGGCGGGGGAUGCCGUCGCCGACACCAUACUGCGCCACGGCGUGGGGGAGCUGCUCAAGUCAGUCAAGACGGCUGCUGCCUCGGUGGGCCUAGAGGCCCCCAGCACGUUCCAGGUGGUGCUGGCGGGGCGCCUGCUGCCGCAGAACGGGCUCUACGCCCAAUACCUGGCAGAGGCGAUUCGCGCAGAGUCAGAGCCAGCAGAGGCAGCGGCGCUGAUAGCGCUGCUCCAGAUGGCGAUCAACGGAAACCUACCGCAGCAAUAG